CACCAUUGGUGGCGUCACUGCCGCGGGGCACUCAAGCCCCUCGCGUCUCUUGUUCAACUCGUCGCGUUACUUUGGCAGCGACACAAUACAACUCUCCUGUUGCCAUUCCAACACCCAGCCGCCACUUCGCUGCUCCAUGUUCCGCUGUGGACCACUUCCACAGGCAUCAUCGCGAUGAUGGCCCAUCUGACAGCGACAAAGAACUCUUUCCGAGACUCCUCGAGACCGAGUGAACGACCGAAGCAAAAGAGCCCAGAGCUCGACUACAAACGUUCCACGAUAUGCGUUCACGUACCCUUCUUCACGGAUUGAAAGGUGCUUCAGACUGUUGAAUAUGCAAAACUCUAUAUGUGAGUUGCUGGUUCAUAUAGCAGCUCCCAGCACGCUCAAAGACGAUCAACGAUUCUCAGAUAUUGCCCAGUCCAUCCUGGAAUUUCACGCGGUAACCAGAUUCGGAUCGUCGUGGAACAGUGAUUCCUCUCUAUCGACACCUUUCUCGGCUGAUGCAACGAAACAGCCGCCUUCUGGAGCGGAAGAAACAUCUUCUUUUCGGAUGGCCCAUGGGCAAUCUGGAAAAUCUAUUCCUUUGACAGAGUCUGUCGCAGCAACCCAACUCCUCCGGACGACCCCAUCAUCAUGGCUUCUCUCAUCUUCCCUCUCAGGACUUGAUGUGGAGACUUCGCGGCCGAAGACAGCCCCCGAAUUGAACUGUAUUCGGGCUGAGCCUCCGGUCGCCGUCUCAGUGAGAAAGCAUCAGCGGUCCUAUUCGGACACUUCGUCUUUGAGCCACUCCAUCUCGGCCAUCCCAAACUCCUACGGUCAAGAGCAAGGUAUGACGCAUACCAGUGAUUGCACAUCAAAUAAUUCAAGGCUGUACGGGGAAUUAUCCUUUUGUCGAGUCCCUUCAACGCCGACCCGGGAGCGACCACCAAGUAAGAGACGACGUGUUGGCGCAGGGCUAACCUAUGAGACUCCAAGGGAAUCAUUAUCCACAGCCUCUAUCAUGAAUGCAAGAGUAUUGUCUUCACUACCUGAUUCAAUGGAACUUACGAAAUCUUUCCAGUCUGUUUCAUCCACUCUGUCACCGUCGCAGCCAAUUCAGCUCAGGGUUACAACGCCUGCAAGAAUGCUUCCGAACGAGGAAAAAUCAAACGAGGUUCUGUUCAUGGAUUUGACAAAGGGGACUCCUGAGCAAAUAAGCAAAGAAGUAGACAGGCCACAAUUAACGCACUGGUGGUGCGAAGAGGACAGGCACGAUAAUGUCGCAAAUGAUCACAGCAACAAGCGCCCGGACUCCGGCGACAAAGUAUUUGCAGACGAAGUCGCUAGUCCCCCAUCUAGAGGGGGCGAGCACGUGUUCACAACACAUAUCACGAGGACACUUCAGACGAUUGUGGACCGGAUUCCGCUUGAUAAAGUGUUUCGACCCAGCCGAAUCUCACGCCCUGUCCGAGCAUUGGAGAGAGGACGCUGGCUCUUAAAUAUACUGGUUGUUAGAGAUCAGCAAGUGUCCUCUUCGAGAUGUCCGGUCGGCAACGACGAGAAGCUUGGGGCUCUGGACGGUGAGUUUGACAUAGGAAGACGGAAGGUACGUUGGACUCAGGAUGACGGCCCGGGGCGACGCCACUCGGCUUGGACUGAAGUUGAAUUUCUGAAUUUCUGGCGGAACAUGAGUCGCCUCGUUCGCCAAGGUAAGUGUGGAAUGGGCUGUCGCCUGGUGAAAGAGGUAGACCGCGAAGCGUCGAGCGAACUUGGACAAGUCUGGAGGAUCACCAUGUUUUGCUGGGGCGAAGUGGUGGCCCAUAUUUGGCUAGCUCUUUGGAUACUCUCUGACAAGUUGACUGCCCAAACCCCAAUGCAAUGGAUCUCUGGUGAUGGGACAGUGGUGAUUGAAAUGUCGGGAGAGAAGGUGUCGAGGACGAGGACGAAUAGGCCGGAAAUGGCCCCCAAGGGAUAGAUCAUGAUUGAAUUUGGAGGAGAGACUUCGUUGUACUUACAUAUACGCAAUUUAUACCUGUCUAUACCUAC